CAUCCUCCUCCGUCACGCCAUUUUCAGAUUUCAUCAGAAGAAGAAAAAAAAACCCUAAAAGAGUCUCUCUCCCGCCCCCCAAAACCCUAACAAUGGCCGAGGGACUCGUACUCAAGGGCACAAUGCGCGCCCACACCGACAUGGUCACCGCCAUCGCCACGCCGAUCGACAACUCCGACAUCAUCGUCACAUCGUCCCGCGACAAAUCCAUCAUCCUCUGGAAACUCACCAAGGACGAAAAAUCCUACGGCGUCGCGCAGCGCCGACUCACGGGCCACUCUCACUUCGUCGAGGACGUGGUCCUCUCCUCCGACGGGCAGUUCGCCCUCUCCGGAAGCUGGGACGGCGAGCUCCGCCUCUGGGACCUAGCCACCGGCGUCUCCACUCGCAGAUUCGUCGGACACACGAAAGACGUCCUCUCGGUGGCCUUCUCCGUCGAUAACCGUCAGAUCGUGUCCGCCUCUCGUGACCGUACGAUCAAGCUCUGGAACACGCUCGGCGAGUGUAAGUACACGAUCUCUGAAGCCGAUGGGCACAAGGAUUGGAUUAGCUGUGUGAGGUUUAGCCCCAACACGCUUGUCCCCACCAUUGUUUCCGCGUCGUGGGAUAAGACCGUGAAGGUGUGGAAUUUGCAGAACUGUAAGCUGAAGAGCUCUCUCGCGGGGCACUCUGGUUAUCUCAACACGGUGGCGGUUUCGCCUGAUGGUUCGCUUUGUGCGAGUGGCGGGAAAGACGGUGUGAUCUUGUUGUGGGAUUUGGCUGAGGGGAAGAAGUUGUAUUCGCUUGAGGGUGGAUCGAUUAUUCACUCGCUGUGUUUCAGUCCGAAUAGGUACUGGCUGUGUGCUGCGACUGAGAGUAGUAUUAAGAUUUGGGAUCUCGAGAGUAAGAGUGUUGUUGAUGAGUUGAAGGUUGAUCUUAAGGCGGAGGCUGAGAAGUGUGAUGGUGGUGUCGGAACUGGUAACCAGAAGAAGGUGAACUACUGCACAAGCUUGAACUGGAGUGCAGAUGGAAGCACAUUGUUCAGUGGUUACACUGAUGGAGUUGUCAGGGUCUGGGGUAUUGGUCGUUACUAGAGACAUGAGUGUCAGAGAACUUUGGCUGUCUUUGUUUUCUCCACUUUUUCUAGGCUCGAUUGUUUUGAAGUUGUCUUAUUUAUAAACCCCUCCCAGACCUUUAUAUUUUGGCAAUUUUUGUUUAAUUCCUUCCAUAAGAAUGUGACUCGUCUCCAUUCUUCA